AUGGCUUCUACAUCCUCAUCAGACCAACACAACGCUUUCUCUGGAAUUGAACCUCCCAACAAAAGGAGAAAAGUGGAAGAAUCUUUCAGACUCUUCGAUGUGUUCAUCAACCACAGAGGCCCCGAUGUCAAACAAACUUUGGCUAAUCAGCUUUACAGCUCACUUGAGCAGCUGGGAAUACGGGCAUUUCUGGAUUCCGAAGAGAAAGAACUUGGAACUUCUUUUCCUUCUACUAUUGAGACUGCCAUCCAUUCUGCUUCGGUACACUUAGCCAUCUUUUCCAAAGGAUAUGCACAUUCCCCUUGGUGUCUGACCGAGCUGGUUCUCAUGUUACAGAGUAGAGCUAAGAUUAUUCCCCUCUUUUAUCAAGUGGAACCCUGGGAACUCCGUCAUAUCGAAAAAGGGGUGUAUGCUGGUGCAUUUCUUAAAUAUGAAGAGAAGGGCAGAUAUACCGAGAAGAUCAGCGAGUGGAAGGAAGCCCUUCAAUCAGUUUCAUGUACUACAGGCUACGAGUUCAAGGAUCCAAAGUUAACUCAAAAAAAAUUCUCUUCCAGUUCCAGUGACUGCAAGGAAAUAGUGUCCGCUGUCGAAAAAGAAGUACAGAGGACAAAACAUUUGUAUGUUGCGAAACAUCCAGUAGGACUCCAGAAGCUUGUAAAGGGUUUUGAAAGGAAGUGCCUUCGUCAUCUUGUACAAGAAUUUGAGAGCCAGUGCGGAAUGAGUGGAGCAGCAAAAGAGAAGGUUAAUGUCGUUGGUAUUUCCGGUAUGGGUGGGGUUGGAAAGACGACUCUUUCCAAGGAGUUGUUUAACCAAAAGAGAUCAGAAUACACAAGAGCAUGUUUUCUGUUUGACGUUGCGGAAGCCUCUGCCAAGGCUGAAUUGCCUAGUUUGCAAAGUACACUGCUCAAAGAACUCUUCGAUGAAGAUCACAGAUUUCGAAGUCUUGAGGAAGGGACAAGCUGUCUUAAGGAUCGUUUUGAAAGGAGCGGGUCUUUGAGUUUCAUAAUUUGUUUAGAUAACAUCGAUCAUGUGCAACAGUUAGAUGCUCUAAUAGCCGUAGAUAUAUUAAAUAAGUAUAAUAAUAAGCUGGUGAUUAUUACAACCCGUGAUGUAGGGGUCCUUGCAACUGCAGGAAUUGCGAAUGUUUAUCAAUUAAAAGGAUUGGAUAGAGAAGAUGGGAAGGAGCUAUUUUGCUGGUAUGCUUUUCACCAAUCCCAUCCGUGUAGCGGAUACGAAGAUCUAGUGGAGACCUUCGUAAACAAGUGUGGAGGCUUGCCUCUGUCUCUUCAAGUUCUGGGCCGGCACGUUUCUGGUAAAGAUCCACGAUAUUGGAGGGAAGAAUUGAAAAGAGUCAGUAAGACGCUGCCCACAGAUGUAAAGAAGAGGCUGAAGAUAAGCUUUGAUUCAUUACAUAAUGAAGAGAAACAAAUUUUCAUAGAUGUAGCAUGCUUUUUCAUCGGCCAAUCAAAGAAUAUGGCCAUGACCAUAUGGGAGGGUUCUGGAUGGUGCUGUCAUCAUGCUUUGGAAACACUAAAAGAUAAAUGUCUUCUGGAGGAAGUUUACUUAAGGGAUCGGCCUUUCCUGGAUUGGAAAUCGAAAUCUGGUCGGGACGGAGUUGUUUUCAGAAUGCAUGACCACCUGCGGGACUUAGGAAGAGAGAUGGCAAAUGAACUGAGCAAUCCUCGUCGUGUGUGGCAUCCCCAAGAUCUUAAAUCUCUGGUAUGCUUGGCUCUCCAAAUUCCCGUUUCUUAUUGA